AGAACGGGAGCAGCCACAGGCAGAUUGUAAGAGGUGGGGAGGACGGUACUGUUACAAGCGGCACCAAACCGGUCGAGAUAUUGCUCAGGAAACAAAACUGACCCAUCUUUCAGAUUUUGUAUAAAUUCAGUCGAACUUUUUUGUGAACCUCUUUUUUUUUUUCUUUUUUUUCUUAAAGAAAAAAUAAUUUGUACAUGAAUUAAAUUGCUUGGUUUGGAAAGAUGGCGGCAUUGCAUUUGGGGUUCCUGCUUGUUUUCUUAAUAUUGCAGCACAUCCCCAGGGGGGUUUUGGUGACAGUCCAGACUGAAAACAGCAAGGUGGAAGUUGAGGAGUUUGGAGAGACAGUGCUGUCCUGCAAGUACCAGGUGGAGAAAGACCCGAACCCCAGAGUGGAAUGGAAGAAGAUCCGAAACCGGGACGUCUCCUUUGUGUACUACGAAGGGAAGAUUGUAGGGGGUUUCCAGGGCCGAGCGGUGAUGGAAGGAGCAAGUAUCCGGAUAAAGAAAGCCAUGCUGCUAGAUUCCGGGGAGUACCGCUGCGAGGUGUCGGCCCGACAAGACAGCCGCCCACUCGGAGAGGCCACCGUCUCUCUGACUGUGCUGGUGCCCCCCGACGUGCCGUCCUGUGGGAUCCCCAGCUCUGUUCUGACUGGGACGGUGGUGGAGCUGACAUGCCGGGACAGGCAGGGUACCCCACCCUCACUAUACCGCUGGUACAAGAACGGGGUCGCCCUCCCAAACACCCCUGCACAGGACCCCCUUUUCGCCAACUCCUCCUACACACUGAACAGCAGCUCUGGGACCCUGCAGUUCAACACAGUGUCGAAGGGAGACUCCGGGCAGUACCAGUGUGAGGCCUCCAAUGGAGUGGGGGAGCCCCAGCGAUGCGCUGCCAAGUUCAUGCAGAUUGAUGAUUUGAAUGUGUCAGGGAUCGUGGCUGCUGUUGUGGUGGUGUCCCUGGUGGUCUCGAUGUGUGGGCUGGGGGUCGUCUUCGCACACCGGCAAGGAUACUUCAACAAGGGACAUGGGCGAUCAUUUUGGAUCCCCCAAUACGAAGACAUUGUUCAGAUCAGCAACCAAAACCUCAAAACAGUUGAAACAAAUGGAUCAAGUGAGUACUGUACCGCUCCUCAAGAUUAUUCCCAGGAUUUCAAACAUACCCAGUCCUUCAUGCUGUGAGGAGCCAAAAGGAUCCCUUUCCAAGAGCCUCUGUGAGGACAACCCAGGACUGCUCACUACCACCCCCCAUAUUCCCAGGACUGAGACCACUACCCUCCUCCCUGCUCCAAUCCUGAUCUGUGAACCAUGAACUGGACUGAACAAGGGAAUCCCCUGUCUUGCUGUCAGGCUGCAGACAUGUGAAUGUUUCAUUUAUUAUCACCAUUGUAUUCCAAUAGGAGUUUCUGUUGGAGGAUGUGUUCAGCAAGAGCUGUGAUGGAGAAUCUGCAGGCUCCCUGACUCCGGUGGCAGCAGUGUGCUGCUGUUUUUAUAUUGUAGAAUUAUGUUGCCUGGUAUCUCCAUCUUCAAUUCUCUUCUACCUACUUAACUCCUAGGUAACACUGCCAUCUAGUGGUAUGAAGGUGCACAUACAGCAAUUACCUUGAAUCCACCUGAAGAUCUUUUUCAUAGUGACAGGUUGAAGAUUUAACAAGAAAUCAAAACGUUUCAAAUAUUUUUGGAUUACCUGCAAGAGGGUUAAGAGCCAGCAGCUUGUUUUCAAUAAUUCUGAAUUAUUCUUGGCAGUCCUAUCCCUGUCAAGGCUGGUUCAUACUUCAGUUGUGUAACAGUUGCUGGUAGUGAUUUCCCCAGUUGAAUUUUUCCAAACUGUAGCUGGUUAUGUCUCAUGUGGUCGCAGCCAGUGCUUAAAUAUGAGAAUGAAACUGUUCCAGAGUUUUGAGAGUGGUUACUGAAUUACCUUUUCAUUAUUCUUGGGGACCACUACAAGUGGAAACUCAACUACAGCAUUGCAACAAAACUUAAUAGAACACAUUAAUGACUUUUUAUAUGGCUACCUUUUUUUAAUUUAAUUAGUCUCUUCUCAGAUGUUUUAUUUCAUAAUUGCUCUGGUUGACUGUAUCUGAAUCCUAGAGUGAAUCAGAGGUAUUGAGGUGUACCCCCUAAAUGCACCAGUGUAUUUUAAUUAGGAACCUGUUUGUGUCACCAGAGUAACUGCCUCUGCUUGGAGUGCCUCUUGUAUUGUUCUGUGAUGUAUAAGCUGGAAUUGUAUUACUUUGCACAGACUUGUUUGUGAAAUGUAAAUUAAACUUUUUGGUUUUCUUAUAUAAUGUGGAGUGUUGAAGUCUCAAUGAAGCAUAUUGAUAGUUAAUCCAAUAUAUCCAUCCACACAACUGUUGUUAUUGAUGCACAUUAAAAGUUAACCCUAUGAACAACAACCACGAAGCUUCUCAUCUGUUAAGAUGCAGUGUGUCUGUUUUAAUGAUUUGAACAGCAGCAGGUCAAAAUACCAGAUCCUUUAAGCCUGCUCCAUGGCAGAUCUCUCUGCUGGGACUUAUCUAAAAGGUUAGGGAAUUCUGGUUUAUAGCAUUAAAAUAGACCCAAUAUUCUUACUGGUGCAAUUAAUCAGCAACCCUUUACUUUAGAAUGAGGAUCUGAAAUGGCACUGGUGAAGCACAGGAACUGUUUUUAUAGGACCUGUAUGACCUGAUUUUCCUAUAACAUGUCUAGCUUUAAAACAUAAAACAAAGCAAAACAUUGAAAGACAUUCUUUACUGUUUUCCAACUGCAAUAAAACCAUGAUCAUCAGCCAUUUCUUUGAUGGUAGAUCUUGUCAGUACAGUGGUCUGCUUGACAGCUACCAGAUGGUAAUGUCCUCAAAGCUGUGUUCUAUUGCUUAGUUGGAUUAACUAAAUGUGCCCCAGUUGUGACAGCAUAUUGCUUUUCGUUACUAUUGUGAUGUCAUGAUCUAUAUGCUACCCCAGCUCCUUUAGAAUAGGGUGCUUCUUGUGGAAGAGGCAGUCUGAUCAGUCACUCUAUUCUGUAUUUUUACCAUUAGUUAAAUGAGAAACAGCUGCUGUCUUAAAAAAAAAAAAAAGUACUGUAUUUGCAGUUGGUGCAUAGAGUGAAAUCACACUUAAUAAUCGGAUUAAUAAUGCCUCUUUUUUUACUUUACUAGGUGAAUUGUUAUAAUCAACCAUAUGGGAGAAAAUACACCUAUGGUACUACCAUAAACAUUGCAAUUUAAAAUAACAAUUUAAAGUUGUAAUUCAAGUUCAGGAAUCUUAGUAACUGACUGCCAGCCCAAACCCUAGUCCUGGGUUUGUUUCACAUAUUUCAACCCUGGUCCCUUUCAAGCUGUAACAAAUGUGACACGUGUACAACGAAUACCAGAGGCACAUUACUAUAGCUGCACGAACUGAGGACUGAGCUGUGCAGAAACCAGCUGCUGACAAUCAGGUGAAGGUCAUUGGUGGUGUUUGGGCUAAUUUACCAUUCAAAGUGAAACAAAUGAAGAAACAGCUGAUUGGAUUUAGAUUGAUUUUCUUACUCUGGAGAACAGAAAUCAGCACAAAUCAAGCGGCUGUUUCUUCUGUUUUACUUUGCAUGGUAAAUUAGCCCAGUCACCACCAAUGGCCCUCAGCAGAUUGUCAACAUCUGAUUUCUAUGUAGACUUCAAUCCAAAUAAUUUGUUCAUAUGUAAGGCUCCACAAGGUGAAUAUCAAAUACGUUUUGUAUAUUCUUCCAUUCUUUAAACUUUUACACAAAAACAUGGUUUGCAGAAUCUAGUCCAAAACUCUAGACUUGUACAUUUUAAACAGUAUACAGCGAGUAAAAUGAGAAUUCAUUUUAUGCAAUGUUUGCUCCACUAGACCAGAAGUUUCCAAGCCUGGCCCUGGAGUUACUGUGGCUGCUGGUUUAUGUUUCAACCAAUCUGUUACUUAAUUGAACCCAUCAUUGGCUUAAUGAGUCAAGAUUAACAGGUGUUCCAUAUCUUUAGCCACUGGUGAAGACACCUAUAAAACGUGAUAGGGGCUCUCCAGAACCAGGGUUGGAGACCCCUAUGCUAAGACUAAUGAUGAGUGAGUCAGUCAUAUUUUGACCUGCACCCAGCCCAAUUAAAUUUAUAUUAAUAUUCAUCUGAACCCAACAAAACUAUCAGGUUUGUGAUCAUUACCCUUUUAAUUACUAUUGUUUUAUAACUACUCAUCUACAACUACUGCAUUUAGCUAUAACCAAUCAUUCAUUUACAUAUGUAAAAUAUAUCUUAAAAAUACAAUCUCUUCAGAAGGGACAUGCUUGUAGGUGCACUGACCAAAAUGUCCAUCCCAUGUGUUCCUAGAAUGGCAAUGUUUGCAGAAAAACACUACCAAAAAACAACUCUGUGUGUGACUCAUGACAGAUCAAGCCCGCAGAUGUGUGCAGCAUAUUGUAACAUGCUACAUGCAACACUGGACAAGACACACCUGUUUACUCUCAAACAAUGCGCCAGUCACUAUAUUUCUAGUUAAAUGAACCCACUAUGAAAUAAGUAUUUCACAAGCAAAUACAUUAAUAAAGUUAUUUAUUAAAUAACUACUGAAGUAUCCAGUAACAUGAAAAGUUAGACAAGGGAUGCCAACAUUGCUGGGUGCAGAGCAGGGGAUUACUUGGAGGUCACUUCUUCUAACUUGGGCUC